AUGAAAUAUUUAUAUAUAUUAAAAAUUUUAUUAUUAUUAAUCAAUUAUAUAAAAUGUACAACACUACCAAAUAUUUAUAAUGUAAUUGGACCAUUCCCAAUUGGAGAAAGAGAAGAAAUUUAUGAUACAUUAGAAUCAUAUGGUGGAAUUUUUAAUAUUCCAAUUGGUGAUAAUACAACCUAUCCAUCAGAAUUAGGACAUAAUAGUGUAGUUGGUUGGAGUACAUAUAAUUGGAGUACACCAGGAGCAUUUCAAAUGGAAUGGUCAUCAAGUAUUAAUUGGUCUUUUUAUGAUAUGCCAUUUGGUUGGGAAAUUUAUUUAUGGUAUGCUUAUGUAAUUGGUGAUUUUACAGCAACUGAACCAUCAUCAAAUUAUAUUAUCAAUUGUACUGAUAUUCGUACAUUCUACAUUCAAUCUCAAUCAAAUCCAACCCAAAUAUAUGAAUUUUCCGGUGACUUUUUCGGAUAUGGUAAUGGUCAACAAAUCAUUUAUUUAAAUCAAGGUGAACAAUAUAGAAUUUAUUUAAAGAUGUUAAGUAGUACAAGAGUUUAUGGUUCAGCAUUUUCACAAUUCACUUGUAAUCUAAUACCAAUUAAAGAAACCCUUUCAAUCAUUGAAACUGAAUCAUUGGUACCAGAUAUUGUUAGUGGUAUAUUAGCAAGUAAAUAUGCAUCUAUAACAUUAUUAAAUUCUGGUGAAAUGGAUUUAACAAAUGGUAUAACUAUUGGAUUACUUGAAAAUAGUACAAGUGAUCAAUUAUUUCAAAUAAAUCCAAUCUUAAAUACAUCUUUAACUAAUAUAUUAGUUGGUCAAAGAUUCUCAAUACCAUUUGAAAUUUCAAUAAAAGAUUCAACAAUCUCAAAUCAAUUAGGUUGUCCUUUAAAUUUAGAAAUUCAAGUUUCAAUUAAUACAAAUGAAAUUGGUGGUGGUGGUGGUGAUUCAAUUAAUAAAUUAUAUACUACAUCAAUAGCAUUUAAUUGUACAGAAUUUACAAAUGCAUUUUUAUAUACAUUCUUAGAUUUUGAUCAAACAGUUCAAUAUGCAAUGUUAUUAUCACCAAUUAAUCAAUGUGGUUUAAAUGAAAAUUUAUGUAAUGUUAUGGUUGCUACACAUGGAUUUUUAGGGGUUACAAGAGAUCCAAGUUGGUUUGCUCAAUUUCAAAGACAAGAGAAUCUUUGGACUGUAAUGCCAACUGGUAGAACUAAUUGUGGUUAUGAUUGGGCAAGUUCAAGUAGAUUAAAUGUAUUUUAUUCGGUUGAAUCAUUGGUUGAAUCAUUACCAGGUGUAGUAGAAUCUCAAAAACAAUUUUAUAAAACUGAUUCUUCAAAGAUUUUAUUCAUUGGUCAUAGUAUGGGUGGUAUGGGUUGUUGGAAUCUUUUAGUACGUCAAGGUGAUUUAGCAUUGGGUGGUGCUUGUGCAAGUGGUUUCCCAAAAUUAUCAAUGUACAUUUCCUAUGAAACUUCACCAGGUUUUUCAUAUAUUGAUCAAACUUUAAAAGCUCUCUUAAUGAUUUCAAUCGAAGAGAAUAAUGUUGACAUUAUAUCAAGUAAUUUAGUUGGAUUAAAAUUAAUGGCAAGAUAUGGUGAAAACGAUACUGUCGUCAAUCCAUAUCAUUCACGUCGUAUCGUAAGAAUGGUUGCUGAACAAAGCCAAGAUGAGAAUGCUGUAAUCGUUAGUGAAGUACCAAAUGAAAAUCAUUAUUUCCCUGGAAUUCUUACAGAUUCUUAUAUGCAAGCUUAUUAUAAUAGUUUAACUUCAAUUCCACCAAUACCAAAAACAAUUACAAUUUCAACCCUCAAUCCAUCUGGAACAGGUCCAAGAGCAAAUAUUUUAAUUCUUCAACUUUCAAUACCAUUCAGAUUAGCAAAGAUUAAAUUAACUCAAGUUUAUGAUUCAAAUGGUGAUUUAAUUUGGUAUUUAGAUACUCAAAAUGUUAAAAGAUUUGCAAUCACUAAAGAACCAAUACGUACUGAAUUCCCAAGUACUUUGAUAAUUGAUAAUAAACAACAAUUUACUGUUGAUCAAUACUUUUAUCCACAAUAUCAUUUUGAAAAUACUCCACAACAACAAAGAUCAAAUCAAAAAAAUUGGACCAUAAAUCCAGAUAAUUCAACUUGGAUUCAAAAUGAGAAAAAUCCUUCAACCUAUGGUCCAAUUAGACAAAUCUUUGAAAGUAGUAUUAAAAUCGUCUAUGGUACAGCUUCUCAAAAUAAUCAAACCAUUGCUCAAGCAAAACAAGCAGCAAUCUAUGUAAACAAUUUUUGGAAUAAUUAUGGUAGAGGUUCUGUAACCAUUUUCUCUGAUCAACAAUACAUUGAGCAAUUAUCAAAUCAAGAUACAUCAUGUAGUGAAAAUGUAAUUUUAAUUGGUAAUUCAAAUGAAAAUUUAAUAACUAAUAAAUAUAUCAUUAGAUCAGAUGUUUCUUUUAAUCAAGAUAAUUCUUUCUAUAUUGGAGGUGAAAAUGGUUAUUUAUUCCAAGGUGAUGGUAUUGGUAUUGCUUUCCUUAUGCCAAAUAGAUGUGGUGGUAAUUUAGUUUUAGUAAUUGCUGGUACUGAUUCACUUGGUUUAGAUAAUGCACUUCAUUCAAUUCCACAAAGAAGUGGUGAUAUUACUGGCCCUGAUUUCAUUGUAACAGGUCCUGAUUUCCGUGGUAAAGGUUAUGGUGGUAUUAUCUCUGCUGGUUAUUGGGAUAAUUAUUAUAAAUUAUCUGAUUCAAAUUUUUAUAUUUCUGAAAUUACAAAUUAA